UCAAUCUGUGCUUGCGAAACUACAGAAGGCACAGCUGAGGCACUCCAGAGGUCUGGCACAGAAGAGGGCUUUCUCGAGCAGUUGCCUCAGUAAAUCUCCUAGCGUUUGUCUGCUAUCCUUCAAAGAACUGGAUCUGCAAGUGGGGCAAACGUGUAGCUAUUUUUCAUGUUGCGUUCGAGCUGUCAUGGUUGUUAGCUUCUAGGGAGCUUCAAGAGGAAUGCAGUUUGUCGCUGCUAUUGCUAUUUUGGCAAUGUGCAACCGCUAAUGGUUGCAGUGUGGGACCAGUUGCAUUUUGCUUGCUAGGGUUUACCAUGUCCAACGUUACGCUGGAUUCCUCGCACUAGGAUCGCAUGGCGCGGCACCUGCGACUGCAUUUCGCUUCGCGGAGAAGCAACACCGACCCACUGUCAGAGACCUGUAGCGUUAAUACUGAAGAAAGGGGGCUGACGAAUGCUGGACGGAGCUCCAGCGAGGGCCUGGCGCAGAGUUCCCUCCACAUGAAGGUGACUCCAGGACAGCUGUCACUGGCUUUGCCACCCUUGUCACCAGAGUACGGUAGUUUACAGCGCCACUCCAGUGUGUUCAUCCCCAAGGUGAACGGAAGCAGGAAAAGCACGCUGCAGAUUUCUUUGCAUCCCUGCAAACAGGGCACCGACGCUGAGGGUAGCAGUGCUGGAGAAGAAGGAGAGCUCGCAAACUGCGAAAGUGGAAAUGGGGAUGGAGGUUCUUGUAGCAGCAGCACUACGAGUGAUCCCGGUUACUCGAGCAGCAACAGCAUAUUCGAAGCAGAAGAUCGCAAGCCCAUCUUUCGGAGGAAGACGAGGGCACCCUUGCGGCGCUGCUCAUCCCUGGUGAUUUUUCCACGGAGCCCAUGCACCACGCCACCGGCGUCCCCUGUCAGUCCAGUGACGUCUCCCAUGAUUCCUCCACUGCCGCCAUCUGCACGGAGCUCGUUCCAGACGUCUCAUCAGAUGCAGCUGUCUAGCGAUACAUCGCACACUGACACAACAUCCAAAGCAUCCGUCGCCACUGCAGUUAAUGGUCUGCGGCUGUCCAAAACCAGUACGUCAGCAGAACACAGAGAUGCCAAAACUAUUGUGCAUUUCAGCGUGCCGCCGGAACAACCACCAGGACCAGACCGCACGGAAAGACACUCCAGCGUUUUAUUGCACUUCGCAAACCAGCGACAGCUUCCCUCAGCGAAAGAAACAAAGCUUGACUCUUCCAAACCUCUUGAGGGCCCACAAACAACCGAUAACGUCCCAGAACGGCAGAAAGCAAAGCUUUACCGUAGCACCUCAGCCUGCAUGCUGCCAACCGGAAGACCGUCAUCAACAGAAAGAAGACACAACACUUUUCCAUCCAGCAGAAAUUUGGAUAACUCCUCAAGAAAAGGGUCUCAGCGAGUUCUUCACAGGAGUAUUUCUCUAGAGGUGCCCUGUGCGAAGGCUGAGAUUUCUUGCCACGUUUCAAACGCAGCAGACAAUCUCUCCAAUAAUUGCACUCCACACGUACACAUCCAUGUGUCUCAUGGUACAGGUGGCAGAAAAUCCAACGUCCAACAGGACAACAGCGUGAAUGACAAAGCGGAUCAUGUUCCAACAUGCACAGAGAGAAACACUACCACAAGGGAUGACUUCCUCGGACAAGUGGAUGUUCCUCUGCACCAGAUCCCUACAGAACAUCCAAACAAUGAAAGGCCGUACACUUUCAAAGACUUCUUAUUGCACCCGAGAAGUCACAAGUCGAGGGUGAAAGGUCAUCUGCGGCUAAAGAUGACAUAUCUGCCUAAAAACAGUGAUGCGGAGGACGACCCCGCUGAACAGGGCGAGAAUCUGGAUCCGGGUUGGGAGUUUUUGGAGCCUUAUGAAUUAUGCAGUCCUCAUCAUCCGCAUCAGCUACCUGUGCUGCCCCCUGACUGGGAGGAGAGGCAGGACAACCUGGGACGAACUUACUACGUCAACCACGAGAGCAGGACCACACAGUGGCACAGACCCACCAUCCAGGACAGUCAAAGAGACAAUGAACAGAGACAGGAAACACACAGUGAGUCCCAGCGGGCCUUUCUCACACGCAGACAAAUAUCUGAACAUGAGGAAAACCACGAGCGCAGAGAGUCACCUGAGAGCUGGGAGAUCAUAACAGCUGAUGAGUCGACGCUGUAUAGCAGCCUCGGCGAGCGAUCGCCGCCACCACCACACUCCCCAAUGGAGAUCAGCAGUUUCUGUGAGGAGUUCAGCAGACUGCAGGCCCCAAACGACAGACGCACAUCCCUCACACCACAGGGUCAUGGCAGCCGCAGAGGAAGUGGACAGACCCUCACGUUGGAGGAACAUCCUGUUCACCCGGUGUUAUUGCCCACCUCUGCCGGCCUGCCUCCGGGAUGGGAGGAAAAGCAGGACAGCAAAGGAAGAAUUUAUUUUGUCAAUCAUAACAGCAGAACCACAACCUGGACACGGCCACUCAUUCAGCUUAUACAGCCGCCCUCAGAGUCUCCAGCAUCCCCGAUAGCCAGCGGAUCCACGUCUCUUUCCCAGAAUGCCACAGGCUACGCUCCACCUCCGGAUGUGUCCCCUCAGCACACACACACUCACACACACACGCCGGAGCACGCAGGACUGAUGCCGACUGGCUGGGAGGUGCGCAGCGCUCCAAACGGACGGCCCUUCUUCAUCGACCACAACACUAAGACCACCACAUGGGACGACCCGCGGCUGAAGGUUCCAGUGCAGAUGAGAAGGAGAGUCUCCCUCGACCCCACUGACCUCGGCCCGCUGCCGCCUGGUUGGGAGGAGCGAGUACAUAGUGAUGGCAGAAUCUUCUACAUUGAUCACAACACAAAAACCACACAAUGGGAAGACCCAAGACUACAGAAUUCAGCCAUCACUGGUCCAGCUGUGCCUUACUCAAGAGACUAUAAACAGAAGUACGAGUAUUUCCGCAAGAAACUCAAGAAACCGGCAGAGAUCCCGAACCGUUUCGAGCUGAGCGUGCGGCGUAACGCAGUGCUGGAGGACUCGUACAGACGCAUCCUGUCCAUCAAGCGCUCAGAGCUGCUGAAGGCCCGCCUCUGGGUGGAGUUUGAGGGAGAAAAGGGGCUGGACUAUGGGGGCGUGGCCAGAGAGUGGUUCUUCCUGAUCUCCAAGGAAAUGUUCAACCCAUAUUAUGGGCUGUUUGAGUAUUCAGCCACGGACAACUACACCCUGCAGAUCAACCCAAACUCAGGUCUGUGUAAUGAGGACCACCUCUCCUACUUUAAGUUCAUCGGCCGGGUGGCUGGUAUGGCCGUUUAUCACGGGAAGCUGCUGGAUGCAUUCUUCAUCCGGCCCUUCUACAAGAUGAUGCUGCAGAAGCCAAUCACGUUACAGGAUAUGGAGUCGGUGGACAGCGAGUAUUUCAAUUCCCUCAGGUGGAUCCUAGAAAACGACCCCACAGAUCUGGACCUCCGGUUCACCAUCGAUGAGGAGCUUUUUGGACAGACGCAUCAACAUGAGCUGAAAGCAGGAGGUGCUGAUAUUGUGGUCGAUGACACCAACAAAAAGGAGUACAUUCAUCUGGUGAUGCAGUGGAGGUUUGUGGAUCGCAUACAAAGACAGAUGACGGCCUUUAAGGAGGGUUUCUAUGAGCUGAUUCCUCAGGACCUGAUCAAGAUCUUUGAUGAAAAUGAGCUGGAGCUGCUGAUGUGUGGUUUAGGAGACGUGGACGUCAACGACUGGAGAGAAAACACCAAAUAUAAAAAUGGCUACAACCCAAAUCAUCCCGCCAUCAUCUGGUUCUGGAAGACGGUGUUGCUGAUGGAUGCUGAAAAGCGAAUCCGUUUGCUGCAGUUUGUGACAGGAACGUCUCGAGUACCAAUGAACGGCUUCGCUGAACUCUACGGAUCCAAUGGGCCUCAGUUAUUCACCAUCGAGCAGUGGGGCACGAGGGAAAAACUGCCCCGAGCACACACCUGCUUCAACAGACUGGAUCUUCCUCCAUACGAGUCGUUCGAGGAGCUGCGAGAGAAGCUGCACAUGGCCAUCGAGAACGCACAGGGCUUUGAUGGAGUCGACUAAUCUGAGUCCCGCUACCAUGGCAACAGCGUAACCAUGGCGACAGCAUCCCAACGACACGUGUGCGUGUGUGUGUGAGUGGCGACACGAUCCGGUGAACACGUGUUAUAAAAGCAGAUCUCCAUCACCAAAUCUGUAUGUUUACAUCAGAAGGCUUUGUAAUGUCCUCCUGCAUACCGCUGUAAGCAUCUGUAGAGUUGAUCAUAUCUAUGCAUUUGAGCAUAACUAAUGGCCCGUUUCCACUGAGUGGUAUGGUACGGUUUUAUGGCCAUUUCCACUGUCAAAAGGUAGCAAAAGCGAACUGUACCGCACCACUUUUUGGGUACACUUUCGGAAGGAUACCUAGCACAACAAAAGGGUGCCAAAAGCGGAGCGAGACACGCAGAUGAACGCUAUUGGUUUAAAGAAAUACAUCACCAGUGUGUACACAUGCAGGAGAAUGAAAACAAAAGAAGUGCCAUUUUUAGAUACACAGCCGAGACGUUAUACUGUAAUAAUAUAUACACACAGUUAAAGUCAGCAUUAUUAGCCCCCAUUUGAUAUAUAUAUAUUUUUUUCUUUUAUAAAUAUUAUAAAUAUAAACAAAAUUUUCACAGUAUGUCUGAUAAUAUUUUUUCUUCUGGAGAAAGUCUUAUUUGUUUUAUUUCGGCUAGAAUAAAAGCAGUUUUAAAUUUUUUAAACACCAUUUUAAGGUCAAUAUUAUUAGCCCCUUUAAGCUAUAUUUUUUUCGAUAGUCCACAGAACAAACCAUCAUUAUACAAUAACUUGCCUAAUUACCCUAACCUGCCUAAUUAACCUAAUUAACCUAGUUAAGCCUUUAAAUGUCACUUUAAGCUGUAUAGAAGUGUCUUGAAGAAUAUCUAGUCUAAUAUUAUUUACUGUCAUCAUGGCAAAGAGAAAAUAAAUCAGUUAUUGGAGAUGAGUUAUUAAAACUAUUAUGAUUACAAAUGUGUUGAAGAAAUCUUCUCUCCGUUAAAGAGAAAUUGGGGAGAAAAAUAAACAGGGAGCUAAUAAUUCUGACUUCAACUGUAUAAUAACGAGCCGUGGUCGCCCCGAGCUUAACCAAACCUUGUCGUCGUCUUGACAAACAGCCACAAAGCCAAGAAGAAGAGGAGAAUCUACCCUGUGCCCCGUAGAUUUUUACAAGGCCGUCUAAAUCGUGAACUUCUUGAGCUGAUUAUAAUGACGUGCGCGCGAUUAUUAAAGUGCUUCUGACAUCCGAUCCGUUCAGAAACUGACAAACACGAGAGUGAAGCCGGAAAAAACAAAUGAGCAAAUGAUUCUUUCAGCAGCCUAAAACAUGAACAAACUGCCAUGUUUAACUACUAUCAUCACCUUCUGGACUAUUAUGAACUCAGAAUGACAGAAUUACUCUCUAACAGAGGCUACAUGUGCUGGUGAAGAUUACAGACACAGAUAAGAGGUUUACACUGACUGUAGGCUAUAUUUUGUGUUGUUUUUGAACCUAAAUAAGGACUAAAUGUCUGCUGUGUGUAGUUUUUCUGUAGUUGGUACCAUAUCGGAGACUGUAAGGGUCAGUAUGUGUUGAUAUAUGUUGCAUUAAUUUAUUUAUUUCAUAUAAUCACAGACGUUACACUAGGCUAUUGUCAUUGAUCUGCAGUUAUAAUCAACUCAUGUUCAUAGUAAGGUUAGUAAUAAACAUUAACAAGUAUUUAUGUGUAUGAAGCAUCUGUUAUGUGGGAAGUGCUUCUCAUAUGAUAUGUAAGUGACCCGUACGGCUUUACUUGGACAUUUCCUCCAGUAAAAAUGACGUCGACUGAAACUUUCUGUCCAUUAGUACCCUUUUGGCAGUGGAAACGCAAGCCGACCCGUACUGUACCUCUCAGUGGAAAUGGGCCAUAAGGAAUUGUACAUCAGCUUUUUAGUCACGUGCUAUAGAUGUGCACUCUUUAACUAUUCAUAAGAUUUCCCCGAAAAUACGAGACCAUUAUAUUUUUGGAAAUCUGCACAGAUAUUAGUUUGUUUUUUUUAGGAUUUUGACAAUUCAGAUACAUCCAGGCAUCAUUUGCAUUGAUUUCGCUCUUAAUCUUGUUUUAUUUUUGUUUUGUUUACAUUUUUUGUUUGUUUGUUUACAGACGCCCCUUGUAUGAUUAUUAAAAUCAGGCUCUUUUGUACUGCUUUUGAAGGUUGAAGCACUUUUCUAAAAAGUCUUACUGUGUAUAGAUGUCCUCCAUCAAAGCGCAUGGUGAUUUUGUGACAGAUCAUUGCUUUAUAUAUAUAUAUAUAUCAUUUAUUAAAUGUUUACAGCAUAAAUAUUGCUUAAAGUAAGCAUGCUUGGUCUCGCAGGAAGCGUAUCGGACUGUUAAAUAACUCUGCCUUCAUUUGUAAUAUUGUGCUGACGAGCAACUUUUAAUGAAGAAACACUUUUAUGGUCUAUACUGUUGUAUAAUUCAACACUACUCUAUGAACAUCCGGCUGCGUUUCUACAGCAGUUCCUCUCAACGUUUUUGACACUGAAGAGAUUCAGAAAGAGUUUUCUAUCAGAGCUUUAUCAGCAAAAGUGUCUUUCAUUUUAAUGUAAAUUGUGCUGAUUUUAAUUGUCAUGCCGAUCUUUAUGGCUACAUAUUUUUGGACAGGUAAUAAAAUGAAAAUAACUCUU